AAGUUUAUACUCUUUGCCAGCCGUCGGGAGCGAUGCCUGCCACCCACUGGACCACUAGAACGUACACGACUGUGUCGCCGACAGCUGGCAUUCGGGGUAACAAGCAUUACUAAAAAGUUCCAUUACAUCGGACAUCGUUAGCAGAUAAAAUGGGACUUCCACAACUGAAUUCGUGCUGCUUCUUUUUUGACCUAAAAACUGGGACGAUCAUAUGUGGAGUCAUAAAUUCGAUUCUAUCCUUCAUUAUGUUGGUCGCCUUGAUAGUGACUGCUGCGAUUUUCGGGAGCCUGCAGAGCAACGAAGAAAUUAAAAACGACCCGGAUGCUGAAGCGUACAUGACCGGUCUAUACGUCAUAUCGAUCAUACUGGUCCUCAUGUACUUGGUCAAGUUCCUCUCUGAUUUGGUGUUCGUCUAUGGCGUUUUGAGGGAAAAUGCAGGCGUCAUCAAAGCGUACCUGAUCGUGUGGCUUGUGUUCUUCCUGCUGUCAACCUUCCUGUUCUUCCUACACAUCGCGGAUUUCCACGCAGCUACUAUCGUUACGGAAAUAAUUUACACGGGACUGAAUCUGUACGCAUUGCUCUUGGCCAACAGUUUCUACAAACAGCUCAACUGUCGAGAAGAACUUUAG